UUUGUAUUGUUCGUACUGAAGAAGAGACUAAAAUAAUGAAAUCGUUUUCUGCAUUUGCCAUAAUGGCAGUAGCCAUUUUCUUGAUCUAUGGAAGUCAAGCAGAAGCUAAAAAAGGUUAUGGAGGAGGCUAUGGCGGUAUCGGCUAUGGAGGAGGUCCUGGUGGAGGAUAUAUUGGUGGCUAUGGCGGACACGGAGGAUAUGGAGGAUAUGGAGGACAUGGUCAUGGUCAUGGCUAUGGCGGUUAUGGAGGUGGUCAUGGAGGUUAUGGCGGAGGCCACGGGGGUUACGGAGGUCACGGAGGCUAUGGGGGAUAUGGUGGUUAUGGAGGGGGUUACGGAGGCGGUUUUCAAGGAAUAUUUGGAAAAGGAAAAUAUAAAGGAUAA